CAGAACACACUCUUCGCGUCUUCUCCUUCUUCAUGUUUCAGGGCGGCCCGAAUCGAAUCACAUUAACAAGCCCUCACAAAGCCCUAGAAAUUUAAUCCAAACAGUUCUCUUACUACAUAUCAGUACUCACAAACCCUAGUUUCUCUCCCAGUUUUCAGGUAAGUAGAAAUAUAUAUUAGGCAUAAAUGGGUAGUAAGAAAAGAGGGUCUAGUGUGGCAGAGGAAGUAGAAAAUCAGUUAGAUACAGGCACUGAUAAUGUUGUUUCAGAGCCAAUGAAAAAGAAAAUGAAAAAGGAGAAGCAGAAAGAAGUUGCUGAUGGGUCUGGAACCCCAUCUUCAACUGCGCAAUCUAUUACAUCAAUGGAGAGAAGGAAGAAAAGAAAAGCAUUGGAUAAAGAGAAACACCGCGAGACUUCUGAUGAUGUGGGAGCGAAGCCCAAACCUUUGGAUUUGAAGGUUGAUGAGACUUGGGUGCCUAUGGCAACUUCGCCGAGUGGUGGUCUGCCUGAGUUUCAUAUUAGUGUUUUUAAGGGCCUUGCAUCGGCUGAUGCUAGUGUAAGAGAAGCAUCAGUUGAAGCAAUGGUAAUAGAGUUGCGGGAAGUCCAAAUGGCGUAUGAUAAGCUAGAGAAAAAGGAGCUGGUUGAUGGUGGGUUGCAAUUGGAAGCAGAAAAGGAUGAUGGGUUGAAUAACUGUGCACCUUCUUUGAGAUAUGCUGUUCGGAGACUUAUACGUGGUGUUUCUUCAUCAAGAGAGUGUGCAAGACAAGGCUUUGCAUUGGGUUUGACUAUAUUAGUUGGUGCAAUUCCAAGCAUCAAAGUUGAUGCAUUGCUGAAAUUGAUAGUUGAUUUGUUGGAGGUCUCUUCUUCAAUGAAGGGCCAGGAAGUGAGGGAUUGUCUUUUGGGUCGCUUGUUUGCUUAUGGGGCUGUCGCACGAUCAGGAAGGCUAACUGAAGAAUUGGUUUCUGAUAAAAAAUCUGCUUCCAUCAGAGAAUUUAUCAGCUCCCUUAUUUCCCUUGCAGCCAAGAAGCGGUACUUGCAAGAACCUGCUGUCUCAGUUAUUUUUGACUUAAUUGAAAAGUUACCAGUGAAAGCCUUGCUGAAUCAAGUAAUUGAAGCUCCAGGGCUGCAAGAGUGGUUUAUUGGAGCAAUUGAGGUUGGAAAUCCUGAUGCAUUGCUUCUAGCUCUCAGAGUGCGAGAAAGAAUUUCUGUCGACCGCAAAGUGUUUGGCAAACUUCUGCCUGAUCCAUAUAGCCCUAGUGGUCUCUUUUCAGCUGAUCAUUUAUCCUCCAUUUCUAAUUGCUUGAAGGAAUCUACUUUCUGUCAGCCUCGAGUUCAUAGUGUUUGGCCUGUUUUGGUUAAUAUUCUUUUACCUGAUAUGGUUUUGCAAGAUGUGGAUUCAACAUCAGGUUUAAAUUCCAUUAAGAAGCACAAAAAAAAUCGCAAGUGUAGCUCAUCUGAAGAAGAGAUUGAGAAAAACCUUCGAUGUUUUUUUGAAGUUGUUGUUGAAGGAUGCCUUCUGUCGUCCUCACAUGACCGUAAACACUUGGUUUUUGAUGUUCUGCUUCUUCUCCUACCGAGGCUGCCCACAUCUUGUGUCCCAAUUGUUUUGUCUUACAAGCUUGUUCAGUGCCUGAUGGAUAUACUUUCCACCAAGGACUCUUGGCUGUUCAAAGUUGGACAACAUUUUCUAAAACAUUUAUCAGACUGGGUGAUGAGUGAUGAUGUCAGAAGAGUAGCUGUUAUUGUGGCCUUGCAGAAGCACAGCAAUGGGACAUUUGAUUCCAUAACUCGGACAAAAACAGUAAAAGAUUUGAUGGCGGAAUUUAAAACUGAAUCUGGCUGCAUGUUGUUGAUUCAAAACUUAAUGAGCAUGUUUCUGGAUGAAGGCCAUGCUUCAGAGGAACCUUCAGAUCAGAGUCAAACAACUGAUGACAAUUCAGAGAUAGGUUCAGUUGAGGAUAAGGAUUCUGUUGGGGCAAUGGGAACUUCUGAUUUUUUGAAAAGUUGGGUUAUAGAUUCCCUUCCCAGUGUUUUGAAGCACUUACAUCUAGAUCCGGAAGCAAAGUUUCAGGUGCAAAAGGAAGUUUUGAAGUUUUUAGCUGUUCAGGGUAUAUUUUCUUCAUCACUCGGCACUGAAAUAACAUCUUUUGAAUUACAAGAGAAGUUUAGAUGGCCGAAAGCUGCCACCUCAAGCGCUCUUUGCAGGAUGUGCAUUGAGCAGGUUCAGUUGUUGCUGGCAAAUGCUCAGAAGGGAGAGGGGUCUCACUUGAUGGAAAGUGGUCUCGAGACAAAUGAUCUUGGGUCUUACUUCAUGCAAUUCCUUAAUACAUUAUGCAACAUUCCAUCAGUGUCACUCUUUAUGACCUUGAACAAUGAGGAUGAAAAAGCAUUCAAAAAACUACAAGCAAUGGAAACUAGGCUAUCGAGAGAGGAAAGGAACUGUGGACUCAGUGCAGGUGCAAAUAAGUUGCAUGCCCUGAGGUAUUUGCUCAUCCAGUUGGUGCUGCAAGUUCUCCUUCGACCAGGGGAAUUCUCUGAAGCUGUGUCUGAACUCAUUAUUUGCUGUAAGAAAGCUUUUUCCACUGCUGAUCUUCUCGACUCUUCUGGAGAAGAUGAAAUAGAUGGUGAUGGAACACCCAUGUUAAUGGAUGUCCUUGUGGAUACACUACUUUCUUUGCUGCCGCAAUCAUCUGCUCCUAUGCGUUCUGCUAUUGAGCAGGUUUUUAAAUAUUUCUGCAAUGAUGUCACGGACAAUGGACUGCUUCGGAUGUUGCGGGUUAUAAAGAAGGAUCUGAAACCAGCUAGACAUCAAGAUAAAGACAGUGAAGAUGAUGACGACAACGACGAUGAUGUUGAAGAUGUUUUUGGCAUCGAAGAAGCUGAGGAAUCUGACGAGGCUGAGACAGGUGAAACGGCUGAGAGUGAUGAGCAGACAGAUGACUCUGAGGCAGUAGUUGGGGUUGAGACGAUUGACAAAGAACUUACUGAAGCUUCUGAUGAUUCUGAUGGGGGUAUGGAUGAUGAUGCAAUGUUCCGCAUGGAUACUUAUCUUGCGAGAAUUUUAAAAGAGCGCAAGAACCAGGCUGGUGGUGAAACUGCUCAUUCUCAGCUUGCACUCUUCAAACUUCGUGUUCUCUCGCUGUUGGAGAUUUACUUGCAAGAGAAUCAAGGAAAGCCCCAGGUAUUGAAGGUGUACUCUAACCUAGCCCAGGCAUUUGUCAACCCACAUACUGCAGAAGGUAGUGAGCAGUUUGGUCAGCGCAUAUGGGGGAUUCUGCAAAAGAAAAUUUUCAAAGCAAAGGACUAUCCAAGAGGAGAAUCUGUGCAACUAUCUAUGCUCGAACCUCUGUUGGAAAAGAACUUGAAGUUGGCAUCAAAACCAUUUAAGAAAAAGAAAUCUGUUGCCAAUCCAUCAAAGAAGAAGCAAUCAGCCUCUUGGAAUCGACACAAGAUAAUAACAUCCCUAGCUCAGAAUUCAACAUUUUGGAUUCUGAAGAUCAUUGAUUCAAGAAAGUUUCCUGAAUCUGAGUUGCAGAAGGUUUUUGAUAUUUUCCGUGGUGCUUUGGCAGCGUUUUUUGAAAGUAAAAAGUCUCAAAUGAAGGCAGAGUUUUUGAAAGACAUAUUUAGAAGAAGACCGUGGAUUGGUCAUCAUCUCUUUGAAUUCCUUUUGGAGAAAUGUUGCUGUUCAAAAUCAGAGUUUCGGAGAGUUGAAGCGCUUGACUUGGUGAUUGAAAUACUCAAAUCACUCAUCUCUGUUAGUACUGAUGAAAGUGGACGGGCUGUAUCAAAGAAAACUUUGAACAGUCAUCUUCCCAAACUGUGUCAUUUGAUAAAAGAGUUGGUUACAAAUAUGCCAGAAAAACAGGCUAGACGGGCUGAAGUGCGUAAGUUCUGCAGCAAAGUCUUCCAGAUUAUAACAAGUCUUAACCUGUCUAAAUCAUUUCUUAAAUCUUUGGAAUCAGAUGCACAUGCCACUUGUGCAUCGCAACUUGGUGAGGUGUUUCUUGCUUUGAAGAAGCGUUAACAGGCUUAGCCAAGGGGGUUGAGGUUAAAUUCAUUUGAAUUAUUGGAAAUAAAAUUCAAUUUCCAAUGACACUGCUGCAAGGCAGAGGUCAGCAAGAUACCAAUAAGGGUUUUCGACUUUCAUCUCAAAGAGAAUUCUUACUUGCAGAAACACUUCUGGGCAUGCGCUCUGACGGCUGCUCUAAUGCUGCACCUGUGAUCUUCAAUGGUUCCAGAUUUCUCUACAAGAAAUUAUCUUGGUAAGUUGUUAUAUUGACACCUUUAUCAUUAUUCUAGCGGGGUGUUUAUACAGGAAGAGUUUCGUCAUAGUUGGUGCAUUUCGUGUUUUGUAAUUUAUUUUGGCUUUUUGAACAUGAAUUGGUAACGAUUGAUCAUCGUGUAGCUUUUUGAUUCCGAAUCCAACAAAAAGAAAAAGAAAAAAGAUGUUAAUGUAGCUUUUGCUUGUUACCGAGCAUUGUAGCAUGCUGUAGUCUUCUUGUUGAUGAUCAAAAGUAGUCUGUGUACUUUUUUGGUGA